CCAGGUAGAGAGUAAUCAAUUUUAUGCGGACUAACCACUGCUUGGCAUCUCAAUUGAUUGAAUUAAUCAUACUUAAUAUGCAUAAUACGGUUUUAUCCACCAUUAUCGUGUUAAUAUGCGUCGGAAAGGGUGACUUCCGGUAUUAUCCCCCGGGUGAUUAUAAUCGUGAUUACGAUAACAACUACCGAUUGUACAACCGUUCCUUGGACUAUUCCCGCAAGUAUGAUUCCUAUUCCAGAUCAGGCAGCUACGAUCGGUACCAGGACUAUGGCUACGACAACUCCUACGGAGAUCGCUCCAACGACCGCUCCUAUGACAGCUCCUACUACAGCUGUACCGGCAAAACGCCGCAGUUCCCCAACUACAUCGAACCCGUGAAUAAUUUCGAUUCGUUCCGGAGUUUAGGAAAAUGGUACAUUUAUGCGGAAUGGCGUGGCACGCCCACGGCCGCGGUGCCCUUUACGCUGCACUACAAUCCGCUGAUCUACGUCAGCAAUCUGACAGACCUGACCAUCGAACCGUCCACGAACACCGACGCGUACGUCCUGGAAGAGCUGUAUACGCGAGUGGACCGCACCACCCGCAAGUGCCUGAACUCGGCGGCUGUCGGAUUUCUGAAUGCGGACGGCGUGUUCAAGUCCACUCUGUUUGACGGUUUCGGCCCGAAUGUCGAUGCGUCUAAAACGACCAUACAAUCCGCACCGGCGCUGGUACUGUACACGGACUACGACACGAUGGCCAUCAUCUACUACUGCUACCGCUACAACACCGCCACCGGCAUCUGCGAGCUGGUGGAUAUGAACGUCAUCACGCGUACCCGCCCGGAUCAGCUGCUAUCAAAAACCAUCACUAACAUCGCCAGCGCGGUCAAUAAAGAGUUGGGUCGGUACUGCUUCGACAUGUCCCUGAUGACCACCGCGGUGUGGCUGCCCCAGCUUCAGGAUUGUCCCGUGGUGCGGCCGGCCGAUUUAUGCUAUGCAAAUUUGCUGUACGGAAUGUUUUAUUACGCGGCCGACGACACCGCCAGUAAUGCCCUGGUUGCGCAGUAUUUCUCCGGCUAAAACGGUUUUUUCCCUUUUAAACGAUCGUCAUUACGACUCGUCUGUAUUCGUACUUCUACUUUAGAAUCAAUGUACUGCCUAAUGAACGCGUGUGCUGUAUGAGUUUGCAAAAAGAAGAUUCCUGCACUGGCCAAAAAAAGAAAACAAAUAUUCUACAAUUGCGUGGAACUAGGCAGUACUAGGCAGUUACUGUUACCGUUUUUAGUCAGCCGUUACUGCAAAUAAAAUUUUUUAAUCUUUAAAUGCAUAAUUUUAACACAUAUUGUGUGUCGGUU